CGAUCAAGAAGUGUUGGACCAAAUCAAACUAAUAAUCGGAGGACACUUUCUUGGGAACUGGGCAGCAUACACGGAAGUUGACCCCAAGGUUCGUGAACUUUGGUGGAACCUUUUCAAGGGUCGGUUUCGAUGGACUGAAGCCCAAGGUCCCGCUAUUCUUAGAGCGUAUAACGCUAGGAUUUCAAACUGGCUUCGUCCUACUUUUAAGCGUGCCCGAAAGAGCGGGGUAAAGCCUGGAUGGUGUUCGGAUGAGGUGUGGGCUAACCUCGUCCGUCACUGGUCUUCUGAUCCAAACUUCUUGGCAAGAAGUCAAUCCGGUAAGAAAAACCGGAUGUCCGAGAAGGCUUUAGAAACCCAAUGGCAUGGGGGCCGCAAACCUCAGAGUAGACAUAAAGAAGAUCUUUCGGGGCCUGAGAAGAAGAAGGUCUCAAUUCUCAAGGUCAUCAAGCACUGCUGGACAAAGCACGGCGAUGAGUCCGAUGCCGAUCUGCCACCCCGCCUCGCUGAAAUCGAAUCAAAGUAUAACACAAAUGUUGAGAAGAGGCGGGCAGAAUUAGGCUUGACUCAGGAGGAUGAGAUUGAUUCUGAUGUGGAGGAUGAUGCCAUCUUUGAGGCAGUUGGGGUGUACAAGGGCCGGGUCCCGUGCAUGGGGGCUGAGGGGCAACGGAUCUUGUACGACCGCAGCGGUGCUUCAUCUUCCCGCUCAAGGCGCGGAGAGGAUCCGCGUAUCGCUCAAAUGCAGCGGGAGAUGGAGGAGCAGCAGCGGGCCUUGGCUGAGCAGCAGCGCACCUUGGAGGAGCAACGCAAAAAAGAUGAAGAAACAAGGGCCCGGCUGGAAGAGAUGGAACGGAUCCUCAGCGCCGGAAUUCGGAAUCAGCCUCAGCCUCAGCCGUAUGUACUGCACCCUGAGCAGACACCUCAAGUUCCGCACAUGGGCGGUUAUUUCCGUACCAACUCUGCUACCGGGUUGCCUUCAUUUGGAUCUAUUCAGGAUAUCAAUUUUCACAACCUGUUUCAAACAUCUGGAGGCAGCCAAGCAGGUGGCAGUCGCGGAGGUGGCAGUCGCGGAGGAGGCAGUCGCGGUGGCAACCGAGAAGAUGAGACCGAAGAAGAUUAUCUAUAUGAUGAUUCUAGAUAUUAUCAUAAUGGUAACCGGAGGAGCUUGUAAAUGAUAUACAUUUUUAUUUGAACAUUGUUUAUUUACUAUAAUUCUAUUGUGCUUAUUAUUACUUUUAUUUCAGUCUGUUUGGUUAUGAAAUGUGUGUUCUAGUGGGUUCUAGUAGUUUGUUUAUUACUUUUAUUCUGAAAAUAUUUUUUAAAAUAAACUUUUCUAAAGAAUAAUUAAAAAAAAAUUAUUUUUUUAUAAAAAAAAAAAACUUUUUUUUUAAAAAUAAAAAACUUUAGUCACGGAUCCGAGCCGUGACUAAAUUCCAGACCGAUUUUUAAAAAAGUUAUUUUGCAAAUUUAAUUUUUUUUUUUAAAAAAUAAAAAAGUAGUCACGGAUCAAGUCCGUGACUAAAAUUUGAAAUUUGAAAAUUUAAACAGUAACAUUUGGC